AUGCCAGACUCUACUUCUUCGAUGCCUCCACCCCCUGUUGCAGGCUUUCAAUCAGCCUCCUCACUCCUCAAGACUCAAAAUACCAAUUCCCCUUCGACCUCAUCAGGAUCUUUAAGGAAUGCCUCAGGUGGCCAGCCUCCUAUUCCUAUACCCGUACCGGAUUUGCCUGGACCUUCAUCAGCUCCUAUCAACGGAAACGGUAUGACGGCGCAGGCGCAGGCCGGUCCAUCGACUAGUAGACCUAUCAAUAGACCGGCAGCAGGGAAAAAUAGUAUAAUAUAUAAUAGCGUGCAGAAACGUAAUCCAGUCUUGGGGUCUAUAAAGAACGUUUCAGUGGAGAUAGGAGAUAUAGUAGCUGAUUAUCAAGUUGGUACACAUAAUGGGGUUUUGUUCUUGAGUUUGAAGUAUCAUCGAUUACAUCCUGAAUAUAUACAUCAAAGGAUAGAGAAGAUGAAGGGGAAUUAUAAUUUGAGGAUCAUUUUGGUUUUAUGUGAUGUGGCAGAACAUCAACAAUCGCUUCGAGAGCUCAACAAAAUAGCGAUCAUCAACGAAUACACCGUAUUUGUAGCAUGGUCAAACGAGGAGAUAGCUCAAUAUUUAACAUGUUUCAAAUCGUUUGAACAUAAAUCUGCGGACAGUCUGAAAGAGAGAGUACAGCAGACUUAUCAUGAUCAAUUACAACAUGUUUUAACGUCGGGGAGGAAAGUCAAUAAGACGGAUGCUGAUAAUCUGGCGGCUCAAUUCGGGUCAUUCGCCAAUAUAUCUCGACAACCUUCCAAGAUCCUUUCUAAUGUGAAAGGUCUAGGAGCUACUAAGGUGACUUCUUUAGUAGACGCAUUCAAUAAACCUUUCCUCGUUGGCGGGUUGAAAACUACUACGGAUACGACAGCUUCGAGAACAGAGGAUGGAUCGGACAGCAAUGAAAAGACCAGUGAGAAUAUAGGUAGUCCAGAUUGGCCAGUUGAUGAGGACGAAGAAGAACAGGGAGAAGAGGAAGAAGCUAUACCUGAGAAUAGACGAGGUAGGAGGCAUAGUCCCAGUAGGUCACCUGGGUUGAGUCCUGAACCUAGAGAUCAGGAUGUAUGGCAGGAUCCUUUAGAUCUGGAAGAUGAGGAUGGUGAGCCAAGUUCGAAGAGAGUCAGGGUAGAUUGA